UUAAAAUACAUAUUUUGCAAAGUGAAAUAAAAAGUUAGAUAUAUGGGAUUAAUAUGUGCUUAUUUGAAUACAAAAAGAAUAUUUCUCAUUUUAUUAUUUUUAAAACGAAAUAUUUUGAAUUAAAAUAACACAUAUUUUAUGUUACAUUAAUACCCGAUAUCAUAAUUUACAAGAAUUAAAACUAUUUUCGAUUAUAUUCGAAAUUUUUAUUAAUCAACUGGAUUGUUGAUAUGGCAUAAUUGACAUUUUUUUAAAGUUAAAUAACAUCAUCAUAUUAGUUAUUUACCAAAACAAUGAAAUUUACGCUCAAUGAGCAAUGACCAAUGCUCAUUUUGCCAAACUGAAGAAAAAAACUGUACUCUCCUUUAUGUAUGAUUGUAGAGUAACAAAGCAUUUCAUCUUUAUAAUAGAUUGAAGAGAAUUUUAAAUCACGUAGAUAGUAUUUAUAUAUAUUGUGAAAAUGGACAGUCUUUUCACACAAAAUAUUUCAGACGAACCAGAGGAUAUACCACAAACAGAUGAACCAGUUUGGGUUCUUGGAAAAAAAUAUAAUGCCAUAAGAGAACUCGACGCAAUUCGUAGGGAUAUAAGAUCCAAAUUAUGGUUUACUUAUCGAAAAAAUUUUGUACCUAUUGGUGGUUACAAUUCUACAUUUACAUCCGAUAAAGGUUGGGGUUGUAUGUUAAGGUGUGGUCAAAUGGUUCUUGGUCAAGCUUUAAUUAUAUUACAUUUAGGUAGAGAUUGGCAAUGGAGUUUGGAAACUAGAAAUAGUACGUAUCUAAAAAUUCUAGAACGUUUUGAAGACAAAAGAAAUGCUCCUUUUUCUAUUCAUCAAAUUGCAUUAAUGGGAGCAUCAGAAGGAAAAGAAGUUGGUCAAUGGUUUGGUCCUAAUACAGUAGCACAAGUAUUAAAAAAAUUAGUUGUGUUUGAUGAAUGGAGUUCAAUCACUAUACAUGUUGCUCUUGACAAUACAUUAAUAGUUAAUGAUAUUUUAAAACAAUGUAGAGUAGAAGGAGGUACAACAGUAGAAGCUGAUGGUGAUGCUCCAUUAAAAGCACCUAGCCAAUGGAAACCUUUAUUACUUUUAAUACCUCUUCGCCUUGGAUUAAGCGAGAUUAAUCCUAUCUACAUAAAUGGUCUUAAAACAUCAUUCAAAAUUCCACAAUCUCUAGGAGUAAUUGGAGGAAAACCCACUCAUGCAUUAUAUUUUAUAGGAUGUGUCGGAAAUGAAGUGAUUUAUUUAGAUCCUCAUACAACACAAAAAUCAGGUAGUGUUGCCAAAAAACUAGAAGAAGAAGAAAUUGAAAUGGAUGCUACCUAUCAUUGUAAAUUUUCUGGUCGUAUUCCUAUUAUAGAGAUAGAUCCUUCUGUAGCACUUUGUUUUUUUUGUGCAACUGAAAAAGACUUUAAAUCUUUAUGUAAAUUUAUUCAAGAAGAAUUAAUUACACCAGAAAAGCAACCUUUACUUGAAUUAUGUGCAGAGAGAUUAGCACAAUGGUCGGUUGAAGAUGUUGCUUCAGAAGCAAUUGCAGCUUCAAGUUAUUUACACUUAGUCGUUAAUGUAUAAUUAAUGACUAGAAUAUCUUUGGAAAAAAACAAAUUCAUUGUAUAUUACAUUAUUGAUUUUUUUUGGCCUCUGAUAUGCUAUAUUUACGAUCUUUUAAAUUAAUUACAACUACAGUAAUAUUGUCAGCAGAACCCCUAUAUAUAAAAAAAACAAAUAUACAAUAUAUAAAACGGUUAAAUUGAUAUUAAAUAAAAUUGUAAAAUUAAGUUAUAUAUUACCUGUAAUAACUUUGUAAUGUAAUACUUUUUGCACCAAAAUGUGGUUCAUUUAUGCGUUCCUUAAUAAACGCAACAGCCUCUUCAUUUGUAAAUGUAUCCCAUAAGCCAUCUGAUGCCAAGACAAUAAACAUUGGAUUAUGAUCACUAAGAUCAAAAGUUAAAAUAUCAGGAUCAGCAAUAACUAAUUUUUUAUCUUUUAAUGGAUAAUCUCCUAAAGCUCGAGAAGUUGCUAAUAUACCAGCAACUCUCCACACACCAUUGAAUGUCACUAAACCACCAGCUUUAUUUAUUCUUUUUCUUUCUCUUUCCUAGAAAUUAUUUUUAAAAAUGAAAUGUAUUUUAGUAAUAAAUGCGAUUUAUAUAAUUAAAACUA